GACUAAUCUUUACGCGUUUCGAAGAGACAGAUCAUUGGCCGGGAAACCUUGUGCACUAAGGAAUCUAUGCUUAUUUAAUGGUCAACCACUUCGAUCUCCUUCCCAUCAUCACAUCUUCAUAUCUCUAGUCUGCUCAAGACAAUCUCAUCUUCUUUCCUUUAUUUGGUCUGUAACUCACUUUAAUCAGCAUCGAUAAUGAGUUACUACGAUCAGCAGCAGGCUCCUUCUCAAGCUUAUCCGCCGCCAGCCAAUGCCUACCCUCCCCCAGGGCAGGCGUACCCUCCUCCAGGGCAGGCAUACCCUCCCCCAGGGCAGGCAUACCCUCCAGCUUAUGCUGCACCUCCUCCGGCAAGCUAUCCAAUGAAGGAGGGGGAGAAAAUCCCCAACCAGCUCCUGCACAGACUCAGAACCGUGGCGAUGGCUUCUGGAAAGGAUGCUGUGCUGCCUUGUGCUGCUGCUGCGUUCUUGAUAUGUGCUUCUAAGGCUUAGGGAGAGGGAACCUUCAAUUUAUUCCGCAGCAUUGCUUUCAUCUUGAUCGUUUUAAGCUCUUCAUAGAUGUUACACCACUUUGUCAGCAUGAGGGGGACAUCAUGAAUUGCAAAUGUGACUGAUUAUUAUUUUUUCAUAUUGUAGCAUGAAAUGUACUGUUAGUUUGAUUUAUUUGUAUGGCAUAGCUCCUUCUCUUUUGAGCAUACUUGGAUUUCCAUAGCCAAUUGUUCUUUUUCUGUCAUCAGCUAGAUAUUAAUUGCAAGCUUUAUCUUCUCUAUCCA